AAAAGAGCGAGAGAGAGGGAAAAAGAGAGAGAGAAAGAGAGUGGGAGUGUUUGAGAGAAUGAGAGACGAGUAAAAAGAUGUUGCCUGAAAUGAAAAAGAUCUUUCUCACUUCCUUAAGAACUCCGAUUCAUGAAUUAUUGCAGAUGUAAGUAUGUGAAUAUGCAUGUGUGUAUACACGUAGAAUCGAAAUUUGAUUCGAUACGAGUCGAGUCGAGGAAAAGUAAAGUAGUGCAAAAACAAGUAUCGAAUAAGCCACAUAAUCCAAAAAGCAAAAGGGUUUCCAGUCCAGACGCUGCUACCACCACAAAGCUCCGCCGUUAUCACGUUAAAAGAUAAUAACACCUAAUAUAAAGCCUUUUACUUGUUUGUCAAAAGCGAAAAGAAAAAAAAUCUAACUGUUACAAACGAAUACGAGUAAUAAUAAUAAGAGUGCCUUUGACCAGCCGAGACGACGGUGACGGUGACGGUGGUGACAUCAGAGUCUAAUUCUAGCGCCAACAGAUUUUAAUUCCGUGAACUAGGCGACGACGCACAGUAAAAGUAAACUGGCUGCAUGAAAAACAUUACUAGCUCGAGCACUUGCGGCACUGGGCUGCUGCAACUGCGGAACAACCUCGGCUGCACUGAGUUGGACGUUGCGGAGAAAACAGAAGAACAGCAGGCAGUUGGACCCGGCACCAUACCAUCACCGUGGACACCAGUGAAUGCCGGUCCUCCAGGUGCCCUUGGAUCGGCAGACACAAAUGGCAGCAUGGUGGAUAGUAAAAACCUGGAUGUUGGUGAUAUGAGCGAUGACGAAAAGGAUCUUUCGUCCGCUGAUGCCGAAGGUGUAUGGAGCCCAGACAUCGAACAGAGCUUUCAAGAGGCAUUAUCUAUUUAUCCGCCGUGCGGACGUAGAAAAAUCAUCUUAUCCGACGAGGGUAAAAUGUAUGGUCGCAACGAACUGAUCGCACGAUACAUCAAACUGCGCACAGGCAAGACGAGAACCAGGAAACAGGUCAGCUCACACAUCCAAGUGCUUGCCAGGCGAAAACUCCGCGAGAUCCAGGCGAAAAUCAAAGUUGAAAACAAUGGUGUGUCCUUGCAUUUAUUGAAUGAGAAAGAGCAGACCUUGCAGGUCAUGAGCACAAUGACCAGUUCGCAAAUCGUGUCCGCCCAAGCGGCCAACAAUCUGGCAUUGGCCGCCUCGGCACUCUCGGCAUCGGCAGGUGGUGGUGGCCACCACGCGAGGCAUCUCACCCUCCCUCCCCCAUCCCAUAGGCAGGCUGCGGCGGCGGCGGCAGCAGCUGCAGCAGCCGCGGCCCUGGGCAAUGUCUCCUCAUCCUCGUUGGUCUCCUCCGGACCGCCGGCCAUUCCGUCGUCCUCGUCAGCGGCGGCGGCAUCGGCUUUGGCGGCUUCACCCCGACAGCACCACUACCACCACCACCAUGCGCACGUCCCAGCCCACCACCACCACCACCACCAUUCCCAUCCCAACUUGCCGCACCUACCGCAUAGUCAUAUGCAUCCCCACCACCAUCACCAACAUGCGGCGGCCGUUGCGGCGGUGUAUCAUCUGCAGCAGCAGCAACAGCAACAGCAGCAGCAGCAACAGCAGCAACAGCAGCAGCAGCAGCACCGGUCGAACGAUACGGACCCCGAUCCAGUGGCUCAGUGUACUGGCGGUGGAUCGGCAUCGGCAUCGACAUCGGCACCACCUCCUCCUCCGCCGAUGCACCACCCGCCGUUGUAUUCUGGCCAAUUCUGGCAACCCGGACUACAGCCGAGCACGUCCCAAGACAUCAAGCCCUUCACCCAGCCACCCUAUCCCGCUGGCAAGCCGUCGACGGCCGUCUCCGGGGACGAAGCUGGAAUUCCGCCCUCACAAUUGCCCUGGGAAGGUCGAGCCAUUGCCACGCACAAAUUCCGCCUACUUGAGUUUACGGCGUUCAUGGAAAUCCAGAGAGAUGAAAUGUAUAACCGUCACCUUUUUGUGCAACUUGGCGGUAAGCCAUCCUUUUCCGAUCCGUUGCUUGAGACUGUUGAUAUCCGACAAAUAUUCGACAAGUUUCCGGAAAAGUCUGGGGGGCUCAAAGAUCUCUACGAAAAGGGUCCACAGAAUGCGUUUUACCUAGUUAAAUGCUGGGCGGACCUAAAUACCGACCUAACGACCGGCAGCGAAACGGGUGAUUUCUAUGGCGUAACCAGCCAAUAUGAAAGCAACGAGAAUGUCGUACUCGUGUGCUCCACGAUCGUUUGCUCUUUUGGCAAGCAGGUGGUGGAGAAAGUGGAAAGCGAAUACUCUCGACUGGAGAACAAUCGCUACGUUUAUCGUAUUCAGCGAUCACCCAUGUGCGAGUACAUGAUCAACUUCAUUCAGAAACUGAAGAACUUGCCGGAACGCUACAUGAUGAACAGUGUGCUGGAAAACUUUACAAUAUUGCAAGUAAUGCGAGCCCGCGAGACGCAGGAGACACUUCUGUGCAUAGCGUAUGUUUUUGAGGUGGCGGCUCAGAACAGCGGCACCACCCACCACAUAUACCGUCUAAUUAAGGAAUAGCAAA